GAGAGAUCAGAGAAAACAAAGAGACUGUGGAAGACAAAGAAACUGAUAAAGAACAAAGGAGGAAUCGAGCAAAAUAGAGCAACGGACAGAGAGGGAAGAAACAGAGAGAAAAAUAGAGGACAACGAUCCCGAAACACAGGAGAGAUGGGCAACAGCAAAAGUGUCUCCCUGUCCAAGGAUCUCCUAGAGGAGCUGAAARUGAACACCAAGUAKAGCGAGGAGCAGCUAUGUACCGGGUACCAGACCUUCCUGAGAGAGUGUCCCAGUGGGCGAAUCAGCAAGCAGCAGUUUGAGGCCAUCUACAUCAAAUUCUUCCCCGACGCAGACCCCAAGGCUUAUGCACGCCACGUCUUCAGGAGCUUCGAUUCCAACAGUGAUGGGAUGCUGGACUUUAAGGAGUACAUCAUGGCCCUGCACUUGACCUCCUCUGGGAGGACCAUACAGAAACUGGAGUGGGCWUUCAACCUGUACGACAUCGACCACAACGGAAGCAUAACCAAGAAGGAGAUCCAGGAGAUSGUCGAGUCGAUAUUCAACAUGAUCUCCAGAGAGGACCAGAAGAAUCUUCCUGAUGAUGAGAACACACCAGAGAAGAGGGCUGAUAAAAUCUGGGACUUCUUCGGCAAGAAAGAAAAUGAUAAGCUAACAGAGGAGGAGUUUAUCCAGGGAGUGAUGGAGAACAAGAACAUCCUCAGACUGGUGCAGUUUGACCAGCCACAGAAGGUACAGGAGAGACUGAAUGAGAUGAAACAUUAGCUGCUGACUACGCCAUCUUUUUAACGUGUUUUUCACUUCAACUUUAUAUUUCCACGUUAGUCUCACUGGGACAAAAUAUUCACAUCAAYAGAGACCUGAAGCUUGCAAUUUUUGCUGUUAAGUUUGUAAAAGCACUUGUUCAAGUGUGCCGUUGGAACGGCACGUUUAUGGGGUCUCUUUUGUUUACCGUAUAUACAUUUMUAUUAUUUAGUAAUCAGUAGCAGAGAUUUGUUUCAAACACAAAAUGUAAUACAAAAUUCCUUUUAAUGUAUAUAUUUUCCUUUAAGGAUACAUUUUAGAUAUGACAAAUACAUGAUAAUACCCACAUCAUGCACAUUACUGUAAUAUAUAUCCUUCACACUGUACUUUGUCAAAGACCAAUAUUAGUAUGUUCAAUACCAACACUUACCUGUCAAUGCUUUACUGUUUUGAGUGUAUUAAAUUAUGUUUAUAUAUCUGCCGCUAGUACCUUUAUGUGAUAAAGUUUCAUUUGAAUCAUUUGAUAGUUUUUCUGAUAAAAUUUACAUAAAUACAGCACCAGUCAAACGUUUGGACAC